ACUACUUAAAAAGUAUUGUACAAAUCCCUUAGUGAAUAAAAUGGCAACAACUGAAUAAUGUUUGUGCUUGUUAAAAAGAGAGACAAAAGAUGAGUCUUAUUUUGAAAGUUCAAAAUAACAGACUCUUAUUUUGAAGAGCACAGCUUUCCAGGCACUCGGAGGGCGGCGGGGCAUUCAGCCGAGGAGAGUCGCAGAGACAGAACCGAACGCAGCCUGAGGUCCACGCACAGCGGCAACUAUGAGAGGAGAGAAGUUCACGCGCUGAGCCGCGCGGGUUGACAGCCUUCAACGGACACUUCCGGACUGACAAAACCAAGCGGCGCACGCGGACAAGAAGGAGCGGGACGUUUUCUGCCGCUGCUGGAGGACUGACUGGAGUGGCGGACGCUUUUUGGGGGGGAUACGCGACAGCGGCUGCGGCAGGAGCGAGGAGGGUGUGCUUCGGCGGCUGUCCCGCUGCUAGCGAAACAUGAACAAGAACCACCGAGUGCCGAGCAGCCGUUCUCUGAGUGCCGUGGAGGUGAAAAGCAAGUUUGGUGCAGAGUUCCGUCGGUUCUCUCUGGAUCGGUCGAAGCCAGGGCGCUUCGAUGAGUUCUAUGGCCUUCUGCAGCAUGUACACCGAAUUCCCAACGUGGAGCUGUUGGUGGGCUACGCCGAUGUGCACGGCGACCUUCUGCCCAUCAACAACGAUGACAACUACCACAAGGCCAUCACCACGGCCAACCCUCUGCUCAGGCUGUUUCUGCAGAGAAAAGAAGAAGCUGAAAACACGUUUGCUACCGACUCGCUGACCAGGAAGAAGAACACUGUUCUCUCUGCCGUUCUUCUGCGGCCGGACGCCACCAAGAAGAAACCCCCGGUGAUCAUCAGCCUCCCGAAAGACUUCCGUCCGGUGUCGUCCAUCAUCGAUGUGGACAUCCUUCCGGAGACGCACAGACGCGUGCGCUUGUACAAGCACGGUCAGGAGAAGCCGCUGGGCUUCUACAUCCGCGACGGCUCCAGCGUGCGGGUCACUCCGCAGGGCCUAGAGAAGGUCCCGGCCAUUUUCAUCUCUCGCCUGGUUCCUGGCGGGCUGGCGGAGAGCACCGGCCUGCUGGCGGUGAACGACGAGGUCCUAGAGGUGAACGGCAUCGAGGUGGCCGGCAAGUCUCUGGAUCAGGUGACGGACAUGAUGAUUGCGAACAGCCACAACCUCAUCAUCACAGUGAAGCCCGCCAACCAGAGAAACAAUGUGGUUCGGAGCGGAGGGGGAGGCGGGGCUGCAUCCGGUAGUUCAGGGCGCUCGUCGGACAGCGGCGCCAGCCACUACGGCUACUCUGCGCAUGGCGCCACGGCCUCUGUGCCCUCACACAUCAUUCAGAACUUCUCCGCUGGGGAGCUGGAGAGUGAUGAGGACGAAGAAGACCUGGUGAUCGAGGCCGGCGGCGAGGCCGAGCCCAUCCGACGCACCUCUUCCAACUACAGCAUGCCCUCUCUGCCUCGCUACGAACCACACCUCAACCUCCGCACUGCCACCAACUUCAGCUCCGCCUUCUCCAUCCACACCAACGGGACUCUGCCUGCCAGCAACAGCAGCGGAUCGCUGAACAACACCAACGCCAACUCCGCCACGCCGUCGCCAGACAGAGCAAGGCGGAGCCUGGAGGAGGAGGGCACGGUUAUAACGCUGUAGCCUACGGGCACUAACUAAACUGGAAAACAAACACUCAGGGGGGGCGAUGGGGCAUCACAGACCAGAAAAUAAUAUCCCCCUUUGCCCCGUCAGGCAGCGACUGUUCCAGAGAAACAGGACUACACCGACACGUGAAGGAAAACACCACACUUCUCUACAUGCCAAGGAUCAUGCAUGUGUGCCAAAGAGGUGACACCCCCCACGCCCCCCUCCCUCCUGGCUCUGCACAAAUGUGAAGGAAGAAGCAGAAGUCCAAAAGAAGCAUUUCUUUCAAACCCCACAAGUUCAUUUCCUCAGUAGUUUAGUUUUAAUCAGUCAGUGAUAACACCCCCCCCCACUCACACACACACACACACACCUGUAGUUUUACAGCAUAGAAACCAUAAAUAGUUAUAAUUAAAUCUACUUAAGUCAGAGACAUGUCAAUCAAACCCUCCAUCGUACUGCUUUUAAUGCCUUUUAUGUCCUAUGAGGAAAACGCUAAAGAUGCUUUUAAACUCAUCAUUUGACCUCUCUGUAAAACGGAUGGACCGACUACAACGUUUUUUUUUUUGUUUUUUUUUAACAAUGAAGCUUUAGUUCAGCCUGUACUGAGAUUGCAUCUUUAGAAUUCAGAAACUCUGACACAUUUGUCCGAGGUCUCUACCCAGCUUUUAUGACUCCCGCGCCUUUUCUAAAACAAGCUAUUCCUGCUUCCUGUUCAAAUGUUUGUCAUUUCUGACCACGUUUUUAAUGUGUUUCAUGCUUUUAUGUUGUGACGCGUUUAAAGACCCACUCUGAUCAUGUUUUGACCUAUUGUAAAAACGUUUCCAGUGUUUUUUAAUCAUCAUCAUGCCAUAAACUAUAAUUUUCUAGGACAUAUUUUUUGCAGAGCAGCAGGAGUUCAUU